AUGGCUUCUUUGUCGCGCUCUUUUGCGGUUGCCAGCCGUUCUUAUGUGAAUGCUCCUGCAUCAGCACCUGCUUUGAAGAAGAUUCUCAACGUUUCAGCUGGCAGUGUCACCGAUCAUCACGAUCAACCUGGUAAACCUCUUGUCGGUUCUUCCAUCAAGCAACGAUCCGCCGGUGGUCUCAUCAACCAGUCUGCUGUCAAUGUCGCACCUAUCAACGACUUUCAGCUUCGCCGCAACCACACAACUGCUAUUCCCGAUUUUUCAAAGUACAAGAAGAACAACACUAGUGCCGAUGCCAGCCGUUCAUUCGCUUACAUGAUGGUUGGUACCACUGGUUUGAUCAGUGCUGCUGGUGCUCAAGCUACUGUCAGCGACUUUUUGGCCAACAUGUCUGCCUCUGCUGAUGUGCUUGCUUUGGCCAAGGCCGAAGUUGAUUUGAAUGCUAUUCCCGAGGGCAAGAACGUUACUAUCAAGUGGAGAGGCAAACCCGUUUUCAUUCGUCACCGCACUGCUGAUGAGAUUGCUGAAGCCAACGAUAUCAACGUCCAAGACCUUCGUGAUCCUCAAACUGAUGCUGAUCGUGUCAAGCGUCCCGAAUGGUUGGUCAUGUUGGGUGUUUGCACUCACUUGGGUUGUGUGCCCAUUGGUGAGGCUGGUGAUUACGGUGGCUGGUAUUGCCCUUGCCACGGUUCCCAUUACGAUAUCUCUGGUCGUAUCCGUAAGGGUCCUGCACCACUCAACCUUGAAGUUCCUGAAUACAACUUCCAGGAAGACAAGCUCAUCAUUGGUUAG